UGUUGUCUAUGGUUGUCUUCUUUGCUUCAUGUCUUUGCAUUUGCUCUAGCUCUGACUUUAUGGAUCUGCAGCAAUGAAUUCGUUGAAUGUCCAAAUGUUUUAGAACAUGCCAAUGGAAAAAAUCGAUGAAGAGUCGGAAGACUCUAUCGGAACCCUUCAAGCCCGAUUGAGGAAACUUGAAGAUGACCUGGGCAAAGAAAAAAGACUUCGAGACAAGAUCGAGCGGUAUUGCAAUGAACACCAUUGCGGUCACGAUGCAGCCUCCCAUCAGUCUGGAGACACUGUCACGUGGCAGAUGUUCAGGCAACGAGAGGCAGAGGUUUCUAAACUACGAACAAAGAUUGAGCUUGCAAUGAAUUCACACGAAGAAGCAAUGACCUUGGCAAAGCUUCAAUUCACGCAAGAGCUGGACAGACUUCAAAAUGAGCUCAGUGGCAUCAAGGAGCCACAUGCAAAUUUAAAAGCUUUAGAUUGUGCUAAACUGAAUCUUGUUAAGUACACGUCUCAAACUGUCCUUGGCUCGCCCUUUCUGCCAAAUGAAGAAGCUUCUGUGUCUACUAUUGAAGCAAAUUUUGCCAACAGAAAAUUAGAAAUCGAAUUGGAAGAAACACAACAGGAAAAGACUAGCUUGGAAUUUGAAAUUAAGAAGAUCAGAGUACGAUUGAGUGAAGAAACACGGGCUAAGGAAAUCUUUGAAGAGCAAUUGAGAAAAGCAACCGAUGAGCUUGAUGUGAUGCACAAAAAGCUAGACGAAGAAGAACAAGCAAGGAUUGAUUUGAAGAGAAGCCUGAAAGCAGCAGCAGCCGAACUUGAUGAAUGGAAGGCAAAACAUGCUGAAUCAAGUUCCAGCUCUGAGAGGAAGCUAAGCAUCAGAAUGCAGGAAAUUGACGAGGCGAUUCAGAAGGCAGAAUUUACGUCAUUAUCGAUGGACAGGGUCAAAGUUCGUGAGGAUAACAUUGCGCAAGAUGUUUCUGUCAGUUUUAAUGCAACUCCUGACAAGGGACGUAGAAGCAAGACAUCAGAUUUUGCCAUCGAGCAGGAACUGCAAGAAUUUAAGAUCAAGUUUGCUGAUUCGGAGCAGCAGCUGACUGCCUGGAAGAGAAAGUUUGAGGAACUUGGAUAUGUCAGAGAUAGUUUAGAGGAAAAGGUUGAAUUGAAAAAUGAUCAGAUUAAAAAGUGGGAAAAGACAUGCGAAGAGCUGAAUAACAAGUUGAUUGAAAUGGAGAAGGUCAGACAGCAAAAGAUCGCCCUUGAAGAAAAAAUCAGACAGAUGACUCAGUUUGUUGAGAGAACAGAAGGCCUAAUUGAUGAUCUUGAGAAAGCAGAAAAUGAAAAAGCUGAACUUAGAGGUGAAAUCAAAGUACGCGAUGACCAAAUUUCUGCACUGGAAGACAGUCGAAUGGAUUUAAAUGAUGAAAUUGCGAGAUUGAAUGGGCAGAUCUCAGAAUGCGAAGGAAAAAUUGAUCGAUUAAAUUCAGAGAACGAAAGAUUGUCGAUUACCCUGGAAGGAAUCAGGUCUUCGUUUGAUCUUCAAGGGCUAGGGAAAUCAGCUCUGGAACAAAAAGUUCACCAACUGAAUGCUCGGCUCGUUGAAAUUCAAGCAAAGUAUGUCAAUGAACAGCAGGAGAAGCAGGAGCUGCGGAGGAUUUUCAGAGAAUCGACAAUGGGAGUUGUGCAGUUGAAAGCAAAGGUUGAAUGCGAGAAAAUCAGAAACAUCAAUGAUUUUCAUGAACUGAAGAUGGUGUUGAUACAAAGAUUGACUGAUACGGAAAAUGUCUUCACAGAGGCGCAACAAAGAGCAAGAAAAGAGCUCCCAGUUCAUCAACAAUCGCGCCGUGCCAGCGUUGGCCUCCUUCCCGCACCCCCGGCAUUACCAGACAAAACGGAGUAUGAAGUCUUGGAAUGGAAGGAGAAAUACGAUGAGAUUUGCAGGGAGAUCGAGAGAGCAGAAGAUGAAGUCAAAGACAUGAAUGCUCAGGUUGCAAAAAUGCAGGUUGAGCUGGAACAAACAAAUGAGGAUCUUGAUGACGUCACAGAUUCAAAGUCCAAAACAGAAGAUGAUUUCAGUGCAACGAAACAGGAACUGGAUGAUUUACGGGAAGAAAUGGAAAAUCUGAAAGGUUACAACGGAAAAUUGAACGAGGAAAUCUUGAAACUGAAUGGUACCAUAGGGGAAAUGGAAAAUGCCUUUGAAGAUGAUGCCAAUUCGAAGAUUGUGGAGCUGUCAGAUCUUCGAAAUGAAAACGAAGACUUGAAAAAUGCUUUGAAAAUUGUUUCUGAGGAGGCAGAAAAGAUCAAGGAACAGAAUUUUGCGAAAAGCUCACGAACAAAACAAGCUCAAGAUGAGGUCGAAUCUCUGACAUCGGAAAAUGAAGAUCUUCUGAAGCAGAAGCGAGAUCUUGAGUGGAAACUAAAGAAUUUGGGCAUUGAUCUCGAAGAGAAAACCAAAGCAUUGGAAGAAGUGGAUGCGGAGUUUGUUGCAGCUGAAAAGAGAAUAAAAGAACUUCAAAGGGCUCUGGAGGAUUCAAGAACGAGAGAAGGAGAUCCAAAACGAAUAAAGGAAACAGAACAGAAAAUGAAUGAUUUAAAAACCAAGUUAAAGGAGGAGAAAGAGAGAGCAGAAGAAAUGGAGGAGGAAGUUGGAAAGUUGAAAAAGAAGUUAAAAGAUGUUAAGGCAGAAUCUGAGGAUGAAAUUGCUGCCAAGACUGAGGAAAUAAUGUCUUUGAAGCAAGAAGCCAAGGAGGCUGCAAAGACAGUGAAGGAUUCUAAGCUGGCUGUGAAAGAUGCUGCCGCUGCAAAGGAGAUUGCAGAAGAAGAGUUGAAGAGUCUAACAAAGAAGUUGAGGGAUGCGACAAUCAAGCUAGAAGAAUUCAGUAGAGAUGACAAGUAUUCUGCUGAUGCUUUGCAGUCACAUCAGCUGCUGAAUAAACAAAUCAGGGACUUGCAGGCACAGCUUGAUGAAGAGGUUAAAGAAAAUCAGAGGGCAAACAAAGAGAUAACGGAGCUUAGAAACAAGAUGAAAGGAGUUAAGCUUUCAGAUUCUGAACUCGAAGUACAAAUAAAGGAAUUAAAAUCCGACCUUGACAAGGAGCAGUCUGCUCAUAAAGACACGAAUGAUGAACUGUUGAAUGUUAGACGAAUGUUGAAAGAAGCAAGGAAGAAUUUAGAUGAGGAAAAAUCGGGUGUUAACAAGAAGAAAGCGUUACGUCUCCAAGAAAGCGUAGAUGAAUUUAAAUCAGCACUCGAAGAGGAGAAAGUAGAUCACGCAAACACGAACAAUUUGCUGUCAGAGAUUCAGAGGGAGCUGAACGAGGCUAACAAGAAGAUAAGCAGGCUGAGAAACGAAGUCGAGGAUGGUGCUGAUAACGAAAAGGAUGUAAAUGCACUGCAGCGCAGAAUUAAGUCCCUUGAAAAAUCACUUGCAAAGGAACAAGAAGACCACGAACAAACUGACCAAGAGCUGCAGGAAACUAGAAACGAGUUGAAAUCGGCAAACUGGAAAAUAUCCGAUCUCGAAGCUCAGUUAGAGGCUAGCGGACCCUCAUUGAGAGAUGGUGGCAACGAAACAAAGGAACUAAGAAGAAAAGUUAAAGAAUUGCAAGACAUGUUGAGCGAGGAAAGAGCAGAGCACGAUCAAACGGAGAAAAAAUUGCGUCGCGCGAAAAAUGACCUAGAUAAUGCUCGACAGCAGCUAAACGAUCAUCGAUCGAAUGGACCAGUUCUAAACCAAGAGUUAGAUAACAGUCUUGAAGAGAAAUUAAAGGAACUAGAAGAAGCUCUUGAGGAGGAGAGGAGUAAUUUCCAAAGAGCUACAAAGAAAUUGCAAAAAGCGGAGGAGCAAUUAAAGGAGGCGCAGCGAGAUAUUUACCAACUGCAGGCAACGGAUGAUGCAAAAAUGUCAAAGGAUAAGAAAGAAUUAACAGCGAGAAUUGCGGAGCUGGAACUGACAAUCGAAGAGCGAGAUGCCACCAUAGAUGAACUUGACAACGCUCUAAAGGAGGAGAAGAACAGGAACAAGAAAGCUAAAAGUGAUCUAAGAGAGAUGCAAGAUGGAAAGGAAGAUAUGCAGAAGUCUCUAAACAAGAAGAUAGCUACAUUAGAUGCUGACAUCCAGGAGCUUGAAUCUUCGAUUGAAGACCAGAAUGACGCCAACAGUAAACUUCAGUCUGCUCUUGAUCGCGCCGAGAGGCAACGUGACGCUGCAAAGGAAGAGCUCGAAGAAUUCAAGAAACUUCAAGACCUGGAUGAGGACAACGAAGUUCAAGGCAUUGGAAGCCUAAGAAAGAAACUCGAGAAUCUGCAUACAGCUUUAGAUGAAGAGAUGGCUGCACAUGAAGAAACACAAGCGGAGCUUGAUAAGGUGGAACAGAAAUUGAAAAGCGCACAGAAAAGAAUAGAUGAGCUCCAUGGUGAAAGGAGAGAGGGUGAUGAAAAAUUAGCCAAGACAACGAUGAACGUAGAUCUGAAAGUCAAGAAUCUUGAAGACGAGUUAGAGAAUGAGAAAAAUGCUCACGAAAAAACACUGGAUCAACUCUCUGACUUCAGAAAGAAACACAAAGUUGUUUGCGUUGAGCUCGAGAACAUUAAGUCGAAUCUACCUCAGGAUAUUGUUGAUGGUAUAACUACAGGAUCGGCCAACGAAAAAAUUGAGGAGCUGGAGAAAGCUUUGGAAAAGGAAAGAGAAGCUCACGAGGAGUCUUUAGCUGAUUUGGAGUCUACGCAAAAGAAGCUGAAGACUGUAAGGGUUCAGUUGAAUGCCUUGAAAGCUGAGAAUGAAGGGAGUGCUACAGGCGGCACUAAGUAUACAUCGGAGCUCAAAGUGCAACUCAAGAAUUUGCAGAACGCACUGGAUGAAGAAGUGGCAGCCCAUGAGGAAACGGAAAGGGAUCUUGCAAUCUUGAAAAAGGAAUUUUAUACCUACAAGACAGGCUCUCAAGACGCCGGGGGUAAAUCUCGCCGAUACAGCAGUGCUAGCGUCACAUUGAGCAAAGGAUUAGCGAAUCAAAUUGAUAAGCAGAUGGAAGACUUGGAAGAAAAGAACGAGGCUCUGAUGAAGGAGAAUGAGAAAUUCAGGGUUGAGAUACAAGUCGUGAGGGCAGAAAACAACACACUUGAUCAGGCUUUUAACGAGAUCGAAGUGAAAUAUAAAGGUGGGUUGGUCACCAUACAGGAUUUGGAAGAAACAAAGAAUGAUCUUGAGGAAGAGAAUGCUGAAUUGAAAGGAGUUGUUCAGGACUUAGAAAGCGACUUGGCAGAACUCCGAAGUGGACAGAUGCCAAGUCAAGAGAAAGUGAGAAGAAGAAGUGCCAUCCCUGCUGAUGGUCCAGAAAGGAAAGAACUCAUUGCAGAGAAUAAAAGAUUGAAGCAACGAGUAACAGACUUAGAGGAUGAGCUCGAAGAAAUCAAAAGAAAAUCGAGAAAGCCAAAGAUUGAUGAAGAUGAAGCUGCAGCUUUGAUCAAAGAAAUGGAAGCUCAACUGAACGAGGCUCUGACUCAACUUGAGGCAGUGGAAGAAGUUCUAGAUAACGAAGAGGCUUUCAGAAGCGAGUUGAAAAAUACUUUGAAAGAUACGACCAAGGAGAUUGACGGCAUGAAGAAUGAAUACGAAAAGGCAUCCGGGGAAACGGAACAGUCUUCCAAGCUUAUCAAAUUACAGAGGCGCUUUGGUACUCGCAUGUCAGACUUAGAGGAUGCCAUUGGUGAAUCGCAGAUACACAUUAAAUCUGUUGAUAAAUACAAAACAAAGGUUUCAGAGCUUGCGAAAGAAUUAAGGGCCUUCUUAGACCAGGUUGGAGAUGGUCAAGGCAUGUCAGCCUACAAAUGGAAGGCCAAAUACGAGGCAAUGCUGCUACAGUUCCAACGAUCGGAGAAAGAACUGGCUGCUACAAGAGAAGAGUUGACCUCGUUGACACGUGAGCACGAGACCACAACGGUGGAGAUUCAACAGUACAGAAGAGACAACAGGCAGUUACGGGACCGAAUUGACGAACUGCUAGAGGAGAUCGAAAGGCUGAAGAAAAUUAUCGCGGAGCUAGAAGCAGAUAAAAGAAAACUCGAAAGAGAAGUUGAAGAGCAGAAAAUUGCUAUCGAGGAGUUGCGAAAAACCCUCGACUCUGAAAGACUUAUUGCAGAGACAAAGAUUGCUGAACUAACAGAAUUGCGAAACUCUCUGCAAAAAGAAUUAGCAGAAAAAGAUGAUCACAUCGAACGAAUCACAAAGUCUUACGAAAGGCAGAUACGAGAUUUGAAAGAAGACUUAGAGCUUGAGAGACAGGCGCUGGCUGAUUAUGCUAAGCACAAAGCUAGAAUGACAGACCUUCUCGCUCAGUUACAAGCUCAAAUUGAAGUUCUCAGCGCGUCCAACUCUGAAUUCUCGAAGAACAACAGAAAGCUACAAAUUAGAUUGAAGGAUGCAGUUGCUGCAUGUGAAGAUGAAAGAGUCUGCCACGAACAUACACGCCAAGCUCUUGCACGUGCCGAGAAGAGGUACCGCGAAUGCUUCAAGCAAAUCGAUCUGCUUCGGGAGGGUUUAGAGAGAGCUGAAAGAAUGAAGAAGAAUUUUGCGGGAGAAGCCGAAGAUAGUCACUUCAAGCUCAACAACAUCGAGCUUAGAACAGCUGAUUUGGAGUCGUUGAGACUCAGAAAUGUGAUCGAAAUUGAUAACAUGAAGGCUGAUAUUGAAGAAAUGGAAAUCAAAGUUCGAAUUUCCGAUGAAAGAGCGAGAAAUGCCGUUGCUGAGCUCAACGAGGUGAAUCUGAAUCUGAAGAAGUACAUGGAGCUUGAGGGUGAAAUGAGACGUGCAAGGGACAACGCUGAGAAGGAGCUUAGAGAGACACAAAUCCGUCUAUCUGGAUUAGAGGACGUUGACGUAAAGCAGUUGAAGAAUACGGUCAAGAAUUUGCAACGCCAGAACGCUGAGCUGGAAGAAGAUCUUUCAAGCAUUCUUCACCAGACGAAAGGUUUCCAAAGGUUUGAAGAACGGUACGAAAGACGAGUUACGACAUUGGAGAUUGAGUUGGAAGAGUGGAAGAAUGCAGCUGAGGUUGCCCGUGCUGAAAACGAGGCCUUACAAAUAAAAAUGAAGAAAAUGAGGGCACAGCUAGAAUCUGCAGAGUCCUCAGCCAUGAUCCUGACUUCAAGAUACAAGCAUGCCCAAGUCGAUGUUGAAGAUGCGACUGAGCGAGCUGAUGCCGCUGUUAAGGCGCUUAUGUACAAGACACGUGGACUUGACUUUAUCGAAGGCAAAGUUACGACCGAUACACGCACCAUCAAGAUCGAACACGAGAGUGAAUUUACAACAAGUCCAGAAACAAUCCAGUUGUCUUCACGCUCGCCAUCACGGAGAUAAUUGACAUGACUAAAUAUAGUUUUGUGGCCAAGAAAGAACUCAACAUCAACAACGACAGCUCUUGUUGAUUAGUCUCUCAAGAACAGGACAUUAUUUGCUACGUGGAACUUAAUUUAUUGUUUUGCUUUAAAAUUUAAUAUUUCUGAUCAUUUAAGAGUUUGAUGCAAACUUUACUUCAAAAUUUAUUCAGACUUGAUGCAGUUCACAAUUUUUCCGUUUUAUCUAGUAUUCCAAAACUUAUUCUCCUAUUUAAUUAUACAUUUUCUUAAUUAGAUGCAGCUAAUUUUUCUAAGGAUUUUCUCACAUGCUUUAUGUUUUCAGCAUUUUGAGACCUUUUUUAAGAUUUCUAAGGAACACAAUGAAUUCACAAUUCACAAUGAAUUUUUAACCGAGCAUUUAGAUUUUGUGCUGUGAUAUCCAAACAGAUUUAGUGCUUUAUUUUGGCGAUUCCCUCACUCACAACAUCCUUGAUAUUUGAAUUAAGAUGUGACUGGUGGAUUACUUUCGUAAGAAAUCCUUAUAAUAAUUAGAUAACAGCUUUUUGUCGCUCUAGGGAAGAGACAAAGGCAUCAUUAUCUUAACAGUUUAACUUUGUGUGCUUGGCGACUGUUAGACCAUCUGAUUUUGCAGUUUAAUGCUGGAGUGUAUUUUCUAUAAACCAUUUAAAGCAUCAAAA